UGUUUGAUUGGAGUUCCACUUCUUUUUCUUUGUAUUUAUGUAUAGUUACUUUAACCUAACAGAUCUGAUUAAGCUAUGAUUUUUAUGUGAAAAACUCCUCUUGGGUAAUGUAUAUUAAAGUACAGUUUCAUUUAACACUGGCCAAGUUUGAUACAAGAAAAUGGCCUCAUAAGACUGAAACAAAUAGUUACUGGAACAACCCCUAAACCCCUAAAGGACAGGAACAUUCCUCAUGGACACCCCUCCAACCUGGGCUGGUUUUCACAAUUCAGUGAAAAUAGGUCAUGUUCCAUCAAUUUCUCAACUCUGCUUUGACCAACUACUUAACAUGUAAUAGCAUCACACUUAUCAAUUCUUCCUCUUCAAUCUUCUGCCACCGUGAACUUUGGAAAAUUUGAAAUUUGAAAUUAUAGGUCAACUAUAGAAGCCACCUGCCUCUACAUUGCAUCAACUAUAGACACCAUCCACCCUAUAAGGGUUAAACCAGUAAAGUGCCUGGAAGGCGAUUGACGAGCGAAGCUGUCAGUAAUGAAACAGUGGAAGCACCCUGCAGAUUGUGCACUUGACUAAUAUUCAGAUCACUCUAGCAAAAAACAUUGCAAGAGUCGAAUGGUUGUGCUAUGUACUGUUGGAUAGGAAAUUUCAUUUUGUGUUUAUUGGUGUCCACUUUUGUUGAGACAAACAAAAGUUGAUGAAAACCUGCAAAAACUGAAGUUUGGUUUACAAAAUCCCAAUUUUGACACACUUCUACUUUUUACAAGUUACCCUUUGACUUCAGCCAAUAGAAGAGAUGAAAGCUAUAUCAUAUAAAAUUGAUAGAGUUGUGUUGUCAUAUGGUGCAAAUUUUGUUACAAUCGGCUAUGUUGUUGAAGAGAUAUUAGUGUUUGAAGAGUGUUAUAGUUGAGCUGGGCUGGAUCAGGCAGCUCAAAAUGAAACAACAAUCUCCUUAGAAAACUUUGCUUUGCUUUAUAUAAAAAAUCUGAUGUAAAUCAAGUAAAUAGAUUUUUUAUUUUAUUUGUUUUAAAUCAUGAUUUUAUUCAACUCUUGUACAAAUAUGUUUUGUUACUUUUGUUAUGUUAGUUUUAAUUGCAAUGUUGCUUUCAAGGGACAAGAAUGUACAGCAAGAACUUGCAGAACUCGGACAGAAGUGAAUUACUGGAUCUGAACACCUGAUUAGGUAAAGAAGCACAGCUGCACAAGCAAAGAAGAAACACUACUACCAUGAAUGCCCAAGACUUGUAUGACAAUGUGCUGCAGGGAAGGGAGUCCCAAGAGUGACACCACCAUUGAUGAGACACCCGAGGACAACCUCUGGCUACAACUGGGCUUUACUGUGGACUCUGAGACAGGUGUCUACUGCCUCCUCCUGAACUGCUCUGAGACUGGGGAAACUGUCUGGAAGUCCUCAGAGCCUGAACCCACCUCUGACAACAAGGAAAGCCCUGGUAAGGAGGAGGAGGACAGCGAGGACAGCUUAGACACCUUGAACGACACCCUGGACGAUAUGAUCCAGGCCUCCCAGCUUCAUCCUCAACACCCGCGCUCACUACAGCAGCAGCAGCAGCAGCAGCAGCAGCAGACAGCUAAAUGCUGCACCACCCAUCAAGAGGAUGAAGAUUGCAGCCACAUCAGAGAGGCUGGCUGUGAAUUUAGUCUUCCUGCCACACAUUGAAGUUCCUGCUGAUAGCCAAUUGGACCUCAGCUUGUUCAUCAGGCUUGACUCCUGCAUCUUCUGAAGGCUGUAGGAAGAAUAAGUAAGCCCAAUAGCAAUGCCUCCUGUGAUGUACUGGACUGGCAGUUCCUUGAUUCUGGAGGAGUCUGCAAUAGGAAGACCACAAAUGUAGUAGUUCAUUGUGACAUCCAUACCUAUGAACAUGUAUUUACCUGCCAAGUCCUCACUUUGCUGUAGGAGAGCUGACAACACGUACCAGCCAGCAACUCCCAUGCUGACGGGCUUCUCCCCCAUGGGUAUGUAGCACCUCUGGAGUUGGUCAGCAAAGAAGAGGAUGCUAGCCAAACCUAUCAUGUUAGUCAGGAUGCACCAGUACAGAGCUGUGUCCAUUGGGGUUGUGUAGGCUAGUAGCAUCUUGUCAAGAUCAUCAUAGGUGGCCACAAACAGUUUAUAGCUAUGAGAGGAGGACUUGCCUUGUGAACAUCACAUUGGGGAAGCCCACCCCAGCAGCCCAGCCUCCCCUGACAGCUGUCAUCAUCUGCUGCCUUGCCUGGGAGGACCAUAGACACAGCUUGUCUCUGAUGUCUUCCCCACAAUGCCUUGUCUUUGUUGGCGUCAGUGCAAUUUGUUUGUCUUCAGUUUAAAUAGUAUUGUAUAUACUAUCUUGUCUUCACCAUCUUGAAAUGUGAAGGAUGUUCUUGACAAACAAACAAGGUAGUAUUGUAUAAUUAUUACUUUAAAUAUUGUCUUAAAUUAUCUUGAAAUUUGUAAAAAAAAAAAAUGUGUAAAAAGAAAGCAAAUACAGAUGAUUAUCCCUGUAGUGAAGGAGGAAGGACUCAAUGUCCCUGUAGUGAAGGAGGAAGGACUCAAUGUCCCUGUAGUGAAGGAGGAAGGACUCAAUAUCCCUGUAGUGAAGGAGGAAGGACUCAAUAUCCCUGUAGUGAAGGAGGAAGGACUCAAUAUCCCUGUAGUGAAGGAGGAAGGACUCAAUAUCCCUGUAGUGAAGGAGGAAGGACUCAAUAUCCCUGUAGUGAAGGAGGAAGGACUCAAUAUCCCUGUAGUGAAGGAGGAAGGACUCAAUAUCCCUGUAGUGAAGGAGGAAGGACUCAAUUUUUUUUUAAGUUCAAGGUGUGAUUUGCACAUAGAGGCUCCUGGAUUUCCCUGUAGAGUGACCCUCCCUGAAUGCAGGGAGGGACAGUGCCUCUAUGUACAAAUCGCACCUUAAACUUAGUAUUUUGUAGUGAAGCCUUAAACUUAGUAUUUUGUAGUGAAGGAGGGAGGAAGGACUCCUUUCUGAGUCCUUCCUCCUUCACUACAGGGAUAUUGAUCUCUAUAAAUAUUUUUUUACAAAGCUAGCUAACAAUUAUAAGACAGAUUACAUUGAGUCAUAAUUAUUAAGCAAAUUUAAUUUUUUUUUCACAAUACAAUUAUUAAAUUUGACAAAUUA